AUGGGAGUCGAGAUCUUGAAAGAUGAUUUCACUUCCCAGCCUGUGGAGGAUACAGCUGACCAGAACAAGACAGGGAAACUGGAUCAGCCAUGUGAACUUGAGAAAACCGUAAAUUUUGAUUUGGUAGAUAGCACACAGGAGACAGUUGGAGUAGCAAUAGCAGACACAAAUGAUUCUAGAAAUGACAACCUCCCUAAAGAUGCUGUUGACGAGUGGCCUGCACCACAGAAAAUUCAUACUUUUUAUUUUGUCAAGUACCAGUCCCAUGAAGACCCAAAGCUCAAAGCAAGACUUGAACAAGUUGACAAGGAGAUCCAGAAGCGGAAUAAAGACCGAUUCCUGAUAACUGAAGCAUUAAAGAAGAAAAGGGUAUGCCUUGCUAUUGUUCAUUUUUCAAAUCUAUUUAUUUUCCUGCUGUUAUUGCCCUUGAACUAACAUCUGGGAGAACCGAACCCCUUGUUCUUCCCUUCACUAUGUUUAAUGAUAAAGUGUUCUGGCCGCUGUUCUACUUAGAGCUGAUGAUUGGAAUUAUAAGCCACUGAGCUCUUCCUGUAAUACACUGACCUCAUAAAUUCUUCCUUGCAGGCGGAGAGAUCACAAGUGAUAUCACAAUUGAAGCCAUUGACUGUUGAGGACAGGCAGUUUCGUACGGUUAUUGAUGGAAAGAGGAAGGAAAUGGAACCUCUUCAAGUUGCUCUGGGCAAGUUACGUAAUGCAAAUAAUGCAGAGAGAGGCAUGGGUAUAUGCUCUUCAGAGGAAGAACUGGACGUUCUGGUGAGUUAAAUUUUCUUAGGUUUAUGCGACAUAUUUAACUAUUUGUAAAUCAAGUGCUUACUAAUUUCGCUUUUAUGGUGAUAAAACAGAUAAAAAGCUUGCAUUAUCGCAUUCAACAUGAGAGCAACACAUUAACUGAGGAGAAGCAGCUGCUUAAAGACAUAAAGAACCUUGAGGGGACAAGAGAAAGGGUUAUUGCCAAUGCGGCUAUGAAGGCGAAGCUUCAGGAUUCACUGGGCCCAAAGGAAGCAAUCCAAGACCAGGUUAAAGUAAGGGCACUUAUUUCUUCCGGAGAAGCCAACUGUAGAUUAAAAUAAAAUGUGUGAUUAUCGAUUCAUUUUCUUAUUCAUUGACUUGAUAUGUGUCAAAUGAAAUACAGAUAAGUGUUUGCCUGCUCUCUUUUCAAAUGAUUUCAUUCAAUCUUGUACUACUUUUGCAGCUGAUAGGAGUUGAUUUGGAUGGAGUGAGAAAGGAAAAACAGGCAAUAAGAUCAAGGAUAAAGAGUUUGGAGGAUGAACUGAAAGCCAUAGAUGAGGACAUAGCUUCCUUGCAGGAGGAAUUGGCUGAGGCUACCCAGAAAAAGGACAAGUCGUACGAAACAUUCAAUGAACUGAAGAAAACUCGCAGCGAAGGGGUAUGACACUCUUUGUUCAUAUUUUUCUUUUGGGUUAAUCAUAUGUACCACGUCAUCACAUGACUAUCUUCAUUUAUGUCUCUCUAAUCGUAGAAUUCCGGAUAUAUAUUCUAUUUGAUUUUUAGACAUUAUCUCUGUGACACCUCAGGCCUAAGUGUUGUUGAACACAAUGGGGAGGCAAAUAUUAUCGUCCUUUUUUGUGCUUCCUGACAUGCAUCUUCAUCUUUGAGCUUUUAUUAUGCUUUCUUUGAAACUCGAUAGUCAUCCUGUGGUUCUCACGUAGAUGCAACAGAGAGAUAUUUUUCAAAUCUCUGAUGGAUACCAUCCCGGGGCAUGUACUUCUCUCAGAUCCGUUCUUGGGUUUGCAUGUUGUCCUAUUUGAUACCCAUUGAUCUAUGAGGCUUUUCUCGGAUUUCAGUUGAAAGCGUCUCAACCUUGCCAAUUAGAUUCCCAUAUACUUUAAGUGAUUCUGCCAAACAUCAAGGAUAUCAUUGACUAAAUUUUCAAGAGGAAUGAUCACAGAAAAUGUUCUUAAAUAUGAGAAAAAGAAUAUGAUGAAUAAUAUGAUACUUGGACUAGAUUUAAUGUUAUGAUGCUCAAGUUGCGGGGCAACUCUCUGCUUCAUAGUUCAUUGACUGAAACUAUUGUGACUUGAGUACACCUGUGUCUCUUCUUUUUAUAAUGCAUAUUCUACGAGAAACUAAAGGGCUUGAUCUGCUUCAGUCCACAUUGACUGACGAAGUCCCGGCUUAAGCUAUGAAGAUUUCUUAUGCUUAUAAUGCGUUCUAAUGCCAAGAUUGAAUUGGGUUAGUUUGGUAACAUUUUUACAUGAACACUUGAGCGAAGUUACCUGUGUCUCUUCCUUUCAGAAUGAAUUCUAUCACCGGGAUCAAAUUGGGUAAGUCGGAUACAUUACAUGACAUUUGAGUGAAGUUAUCAUUAUCUCUUAUUUUCAGAAUGCAUUCUUCUACUCUAGGUAGGAGUGAGUUCGUCUGGUACUUCCACUACGACCUGUGACUGAAGUUACCCAUAUCUCUUCUUUUCAGAAUGCAUUCUACUACCUGUACCGCUCACUCCUAAACAAUGCUAGAGAUCUCGCGGCAAAGAAAGAUGUAGCAGCGCUGGAAGAACUCAGCAACAGUGAGGUCAGCCUCCCCAUCUCCCACAUCCCCUUGGACCCACCCACCACCCCAUAUAGAAAGCUCAAACUCUUCUUAUUUGUUGGCCCACCUUCUGUUCAGGUCGGUAAAUUCAUCUCUCAAUGGAGCAGAGACAAAGCCUUCAGAGAAGACUAUGAGAAGAGGAUCUUGCUGUCCCUCGACAAGAGACAGCUGAGCCGGGAUGGCAGGAUGAGGAACCCUGAUGAGAAACCCAUUCUUGCAGAGGUUGCAGCUCCCCCGGAGAAGGCUGAAACCCAACAGCCUUUGGCAGAAAGCAGGAAGGGGGAUGUUGAUGCAAAACAGCUGAAGGCAUUGGAGCCUGCUGCUCCAUCCCCACAGAUACCUUCUCAGAAGGCUCUAAAGGAAGAAGGGGAGAAAUUGGCCAGGUCAGGAGCAAAGGACAAGGGUGGCAUAGGAGACGAUGCAGAGACCUUCACCUUGCCAGAGAAAUCUCCAGCGGCCUUGGCAGCGGUGGCAAUAGACAGCAAGAAACUGAAGGAGAUGAAGAGGGAGGAAGAGAUAGCCAAGGCUAAGCAGGCUUUGGAGAGGAAGAAGAAGCAGGCCGAGAAGGCCGCCACGAAGGCAGCUAUACGAGCCCAGAAAGAGGCCGAGAAGAAGCAGAAGGCAAGAUCUAGACUUCGAUCUCCAUGUACCCUGUUCGUCACACUUGUUUCUAAACCAUCUAGGUUUUGGAUUUUUCCAGGAGAGAGAGAAGAAGGCGAAGAAGAAGGCUGGGACGCUGGCAUCUGAGACCACUGAGGAGCAGUCUGAGGCAGAUCUGAAGGCAGAGGAGCAGGAAUCUGAUGAAGCCAAGGAGGCCCUGGUCCCAUCAAAGGCUAGAGAGUUGAAGGAUAAACCCAGGGUCCGAGGCCGCCCACGGGGCCUGGACGGCCGCCCUAAGAUCACCAUCCCCAGGAAGAAGAAGGCCCACCCAUACUGGCAGUGGGCAGCGCUUGCGCUCGCCGCCAUCUUUGUGCUGGUGGCCCUGGGCUUCUACUACUACUCCCUUGGAAGGAACUGA